UGACGCUGGAGAAAGAAGGUGGAGAAGCUUAGUGGUGGUCCAACAAUGGGAGGAGGAGGCUUCGUCGGCACCGAGGCGGCCAACAGAGCGGAGCUGUAUGAGGGGAGGAUCACAGGCUAUUUCAUACUGGCUUGUGUUGUUGGCUCUCUUGGCGGAUCGCUCUUCGGUUACGAUCUUGGCCUCUCUAGUGGAGUGACAGCCAUGGAUGAUUUCUUGAAGGAGUUCUUCCCCACCGUGUACAGAAGGAAGCAGGCGCAUCGCCACGAAAGCGACUACUGCAAGUACGACAACCAGGUGCUGACGCUCUUCACCUCUUCCCUCUACUUCGCGGCGCUCGUCUCCACCUUCGGAGCCUCCCUCGUGACUCGAAGGUACGGAAGAAGGACGAGCAUCAUGUCCGGCGCCGUCAGCUUCUUCCUCGGCAGUGCCAUCAACGCAGGCGCCGUCAACAUCUUCAUGCUGAUCGCCGGCCGCAUUCUCCUCGGAUUUGGAAUCGGCUUCGGGAAUCAGGCGGUCCCACUUUAUCUCUCGGAGAUUGCACCGCCCAAGAUCCGCGGCGCGGUUAACCAGUUGUUCCAGCUUACCACCGUCUCCGGAAUCCUGGUCGCUGACGUUGUCAACUACUUCACGGAGAAGCUGCAUCCGUGGGGGUGGAGACUGUCCCUUGGAUUGGCCGUGGUGCCCGCGAUACUGAUGUUCAUUGGAGGAGCUUUCCUUCCCGAGACUCCAAACAGCCUCGUCGAACAGGGUAAGCUGGAGGAGGCACGACGGAUACUGGAGAAGGUGAGGGGAACUCAUAGGGUAGAUGCAGAGUUCGAGGACCUGAAGGAGGCGAGUGAUGCAGCAAGAGCUGUGAAGCAUCCUUUCAGGAACCUCCUCAAGCCACGAAACCGGCCGCAGCUAAUCAUCGGCGCCCUCGCCAUUCCUGCGUUCCAACAGCUCUCCGGCAUGAACUCCAUCCUCUUCUACGCCCCCGAGAUCUUUCAGAGCCUGGGCAUGGGUUCCGGAGCAGCACUUUACUCGAACAUCAUGUCCGGUUCGAUGCUCGUGAUCGGGGCUCUCGUGUCGAUCGCGGUCGCCGAUAGGCUUGGGAGGAGGUUCUUGUUCAUCGAAGGUGGCACCCAAAUGAUAGCCUCCAUGAUUGUGGUCGCUGUCAUUCUUGCUCUGAAGAUUGGAAAUGGCGAGACGAUCUCGAGAGGAUUGGCUGCGACGCUGGUGAUCGCGAUCUGCGCGUUCGUGGUGUCCUACGGGUGGUCUUGGGGGCCUCUCGGGUGGCUGGUGCCGAGCGAGAUCUUCCCCUUGGAGACGAGAUCGGCAGGUCAAAGCAUCGUCGUCUGCGUCAACAUGUUCUUCACAGCUGCAAUCGCCCAGUGCUUCCUCGCCAUGCUGUGUCACAUGAAAUGGGGAGUCUUCAUCCUCUUCGCCGGAUUGAUCGUGAUCAUGUCCUUGUUCAUCAUCUUGCUGCUACCGGAGACGAAGCAGGUGCCGAUCGAGGAGAUGUCUCAGCUGUGGCAGAAGCACUGGUACUGGAAGCACAUCGUCUCCAAGGAUCCCGACAGGACGGCUCAGAGCCAGCAGCAGGGGAAGAGAGCAGCAGCAGGCCAAGUGUAG